ACAUCAGAACAAGAGACUAAAGGUCUUCCCAGCAAAAAGGGAAUUGUGCAAUCCAUAGUAGGUCAAGGCUACCACCGUAAGAUAGUCCUGGCAUCCCAGUCAAUACAGAAUGUUGUUUAUAAUGAUGGGCAGUCCUCAGCAAUACCUGUAGCCAGUAUGGAAUUUGCAGCAAUUUGUCUAAGAAAUGCCUUGCUGCUACUGCCAGAAGAUCAGCAGGAGCCAAAACAGGAAAAUGGAUCUAAAACUAGUCAUCAGCUGGGGGGAAACACAGAGAGCAGUGAAAGCAGUGAAGCCUGCAGCAAUAAAGGCCAUGAAGGGGAUAAAUUCAUUGCAGCCCCACCUUCUUCACCUUUGAAGAAACAGGAAUUAGAAAAUUUAAGGUGCUCAAUACUUGCGUGUAGUGCUUACGUGGCUCUGGCUUUGGGUGAUAACCUUAUGGCAUUGAAUCAUGCAGAUAAACUUCUUCAGCAACCAAAGCUGUCAGGGUCUCUUAAGUUUCUUGGGCAUUUGUAUGCAGCAGAAGCUCUCAUCUCUCUAGACAGAAUAUCUGAUGCCAUCACUCACUUGAACCCUGAGAAUGUCACUGAUGUUUCCCUUGGGAUCUCCUCAAAUGAGCAGGAUCAAGGGUCUGACAAAGGAGAGAAUGAGGCAAUGGAGUCUUCUGGCAAGCAGACCCCACAGUGUUACCCCAGUUCAGUCACAUCUGCACGAACAAUGAUGUUGUUUAACCUUGGCAGUGCUUACUGUUUGAGGAGUGAAUAUGACAAAGCUCGCAAGUGUCUUCAUCAGGCUGCUUCGCUGAUCCACCCCAAAGAGAUCCCUCCAGAGGCUAUUCUGCUGGCUGUGUACCUUGAAUUACAGAAUGGUAACACGCAGCUGGCACUGCAGAUCAUCAAGAGAAACCAGCUUCUCCCCUCGGUGAAGAUGCUCUCUGAGCUGCGGAAGAAGCCCGUGUUUCAGCCAGUGCACUCCAUCCAGCCCAUCCAGAUGCCAGCUUUCACCACCGUGCAGAGGAAGUGAGGUGCUGCUCCAGCCUGCUGCUGCCCUGCCCCUCAGGGCCUGGCAUUUUGUACAUUUUUUUUAACCUGGGACACCUGCAUACCCCAAUUGAUGGAGUGUGUUCAUUUAUGUAAAUUUUUAAUAAAACACAUAAAC